GCUGAGCUCGGCGCAGCGCGGGGGCGCGCGGCACGGGGGACCCAGGCCCCGCUACGUUCCUUCUGCCCCCCCGGACUCUGUUCUCACUUUCGAGCCGUGGAGGGACAGAGAACGGGAGCCAUGCAGUCGGAAUCAGGGAUCGUGCCGGAUUUCGAAGUCGGGGAGGAGUUUCACGAAGAGCCCAAAACCUAUUACGAACUCAAAAGUCAACCCCUGAAGAGCAGCAGUUCUGCAGAGCAUCCUGGGGCCUCCAAGCCUCCGAUAAGCUCCUCCAGUAUGACAUCACGCAUCUUGCUACGCCAGCAACUCAUGCGUGAGCAGAUGCAGGAGCAGGAGCGCAGGGAGCAGCAGCAGAAGCUGCAGGCGGCCCAGUUCAUGCAACAGAGAGUGCCCGUGAGUCAGACACCAGCCAUAAACGUCAGUGUGCCAACCACUCUGCCCUCUGCCACCCAGGUGCCGAUGGAAGUCCUUAAGGUGCAGACCCACCUUGAAAACCCCACCAAGUACCACAUACAGCAAGCCCAAAGGCAGCAGGUAAAGCAGUACCUUUCUACCACUUUAGCAAAUAAACAUGCCAACCAAGUCCUGAGCUUGCCAUGUCCAAACCAGCCUGGCGAUCAUGUCAUGCCACCAGUGCCGGGGAGCAGCGCACCCAACAGCCCCAUGGCUAUGCUCACACUUAACUCCAACUGUGAAAAAGAGGGAUUUUAUAAGUUUGAAGAGCAAAACAGAGCGGAGAGCGAGUGCCCAAGUAUGAACACACAUUCGCGAGCAUCGUGUAUGCAGAUGGAUGAUGUAAUUGAUGACAUCAUUAGUCUGGAAUCAAGUUAUAAUGAAGAAAUCCUGGGUUUGAUGGAUCCUGCCUUGCAAAUGGCAAAUACGUUACCUGUCUCUGGAAACUUGAUUGACCUGUAUGGCAACCAAGGCCUUCCACCCCCCGGCCUCACCAUCAGCAACUCCUGUCCAGCCAACCUUCCCAACAUAAAAAGGGAGCUCACAGCGUGUAUUUUUCCCACAGAGUCUGAAGCAAGAGCAUUGGCUAAAGAGAGGCAAAAAAAGGACAAUCACAACUUAAUUGAACGAAGAAGAAGAUUUAACAUAAAUGACCGCAUUAAAGAAUUAGGUACUUUGAUUCCCAAGUCAAAUGAUCCAGAUAUGCGCUGGAACAAGGGAACCAUUCUAAAAGCAUCCGUGGAUUAUAUCCGAAAGUUGCAACGAGAACAGCAGCGUGCAAAAGAACUUGAAAACCGACAGAAGAAACUGGAGCAUGCUAACCGACAUUUGUUGCUCAGAAUACAGGAACUUGAAAUGCAGGCUCGAGCUCAUGGACUUUCCCUUAUCCCGUCCACGGGUCUCUGCUCUCCAGAUUUGGUAAAUCGGAUCAUCAAGCAAGAACCUGUUCUUGAGAACUGCAGCCAAGAACUCCUGCAGCAUCAUGCAGACCUAACUUGUUCCACAACUCUCGAUCUCACAGAUGGUACCAUCACCUUCAACAAUGGCCUCGGAACUGGGACCGAGAGCAGCCAAGCCUAUGGUGUUCCCACAAAAAUGGGAUCCAAACUGGAAGACAUCCUGAUGGACGAUACUCUUUCUCCUGCUGGAGUCACGGAUCCGCUCCUCUCAUCAGUGUCCCCUGGAGCUUCUAAAACAAGCAGCCGUCGGAGCAGUAUGAGCAUGGAAGAAACUGAGCAUGCUUGUUAGCCAGACUCAGCCCUGUGUUCUCACAGACUGCUUCCUAUUUUGAUUAGAUUUCAUAAUUUACCUGAAGGGGUUUUCUUGAUAAUUUUCCUUUAAUAUGAAAUUUUUUUCAUGCUUUAUGGAUAGCCCAGGAUAUAUUUUAUUUUUUAGAAUUUUAUGAAACAGACUUGUAUAUUCUAUUUUGCAACUACAAAUGCCUCCAAAGUAUUGUACAAUAAGUGUGCCAUAUCUGUGAACUGAAUUUGCCAUAGACUUGAGCUUUCUGAGCAAGAGGAAUUUGCAUCAGAGAAAUGUCUGUCCAUUUUUAUUCAGGGGAAACUUGAUCUGAGAUUUUUAUGCCUGUGACUUCCUUGGAAAUUAAAUGUAAAGUUUAAUUGAAAGUGUAAAGCAACUAAAAGAGAGAAAGAAAGAAAGUUAGGAGAGAGAGAGAAAGAGAGAGAAAAGGAGACAGGGAUCCAUACUCUUUUCCAUUUUAUAAAUGUAUUGAUUCAUUGGUACUGCCUUAAAGAUCCAGUACCCUUCUAGCAUCAUUUAGUCUUUAUAUUGCAAACUAUUUAAAGAACUACUAUAUCCUGUAAAAGACCAAGAAAGAAGAAGAAAAAAAAGAGCAACCAUUUUCAUGAGGAUUGUUUUGUCAGAAAUCAUGACUAAAUGACUGAUACCAACAUAAGGUGAAGGGUGUUAGACCCAGGCUCUGAAACAGUCAAGUCUUACUGUUUUAUUCUGUGCUGUUACAGUUUUCUUCAUUACUGAAUUGAUGAAUGUCAUUCAGUUUUUCAUAAGGUGGAUUUUAUUUUGGAAUGGAAAUGAAUGUCCUUUCAAAGUACAAUAUUGAGGAGCACUGAAAGUUUGUUUUGCUUUUUGUUUCCAUUUUUGGUUUUGAUAAGACAGCUGAACUGGGCAUAUUUCUAAUUGGCUUUACUAUUUUUGUUUUUAAAUUAUGUUUUAUUCAUUUGAUUUGUACAGAUUCUUUAUUAUCAUUGUUCUUUUCAAUAUGUUUGUAUUAAUUUUUAAGAAUAUGCAUCUUAAAAUGGCAGGUUUUCAAUAUUUUUACAACUCACUGGUGAUUUUCCGCAUUCUUUGUACACCCAGGAAAGAAAACUUUUAUGCAAGGUCUUGUGCUUAAAGAGAGCUUUGCAGAUAUUUUGUAUAUUACAGUCUCAUUCAAAACUGUUUUUCAAUACACAUUUAAGGUAUAGUACUAGUAGAUUAAAACCAAGCUUUCUAGAAAGAAUUAACUUACAUAUUUAUUUUUAGAAUAUAAAAAUAGCAACAUUCUUGGAAACAUAACCAUAGCAUUCUGUGCCCAUGAUGGUCAUUUAAAUUGGGGUUUUAUUUCAGCAAACUUGCUGAAUUUUUUUUAAAGAGAAAAAUACUGUAUUGGCAAAUUACUGUUACUUGAUAACAAUGUUUUAACAAGCAGCAAUGUUGUAAAGGUAGUUUCAGUGCAUUAUCUACUUGUGUAGCCCUAUGCAAUAACAGUAGUGUUACAUGUAUCAAGCCUAGAUAUUUUGUACAGAUGUCAUAGAGUGUUAGGAGCCAGGCUGUUGAAUGGGAUUACUCAGAAGCAGCCUACAGUGAAUAGUGACUGGUACAAAGCAUAUCCAUUCAGAAUGAAGUGCCUUAAAUAGAGCAGUAGUCUUCUGGGGACUAGCACUGACUGAACUGUAAUGUAGGAGAAAGUUUCAAGGUGGUAUUAGUAGUUCAGAGGAACAUAUAGCGUGGUGCCUAUGUAGACAAUAUAAGAGCUUCCAAUUUUCAUUCAGAUAUUUUUAAUAUUAAAUAUAUUUAGGGACUGAGUGCCAACUUCUUUCAUCAGGAAACCCUAUUCAGGAGGGUUUUUUUUUUUAAGUGUUUAAAUGUCAAAUGUGAAUUGGUGGUGGGUGAUGGAGGGGUCAGAGAGAAGUGAUUGUCAGAUGUUUGAAUGAUGGCUUAGGUGAAAAUAAUCAAUUGUAUAGAUCCCAUGCACGUUGGGCAAUGAGAAUCCUUGGAAACAUUGAUGAUGCUAUCAGUUUUAUAGCUUUAUUACAGGGGGUAGAGAAAGUUAGCUCCCGUGCUUUCAACUCCCUUACUUAUAUAGCUCUUUUCCUAGAAUAGCAAUGCAAAUCUGCAUGAACAGCUAAUUGUACCAUAGUAUUCAUUGAUACAAUCAUAGCAUUGUCUAUUUUUCUCUUCAUAUUUAUAUAAGGGGAGGGACUGGGUGCAAAAGCCGAAGAUCUUGAUGCUAAUUUUCCUUAGCUGAUUUUGAGGGUUUUUAGAAAUAGAGCAAGAUUGAGUAACCCGUGGCCGAGGUGAUGUGGCCAUGGGUAGGCAACCAUAUGAAAAGCUUUGCUGAGAGCAAGUAUGGCAUCUUGUACCACUGCCCUGACUCUUGCAACUCUGGAGCUUGACAUCACCUGUUUUUCCCAACCCCUUCUUAAGAGACAAUUUUUGGGGAGUGACAGGUGAGCAAGUCCAGGAGGAUGCUGCAACACUGGGGGUGGUUUUAUUUAUUUCUUUAUUGCCAAAUAGAAUGUGGAUUCGUUUUAGGGACUAGUUAAGCCAAGAGGCAGUGGUUUGGACUUCUUGUCUGUAACAAGAAAAUGAUCUGCACCACCUCCCCCACGCCUCUGGGUGCAGAAUUCUCACUCGGGGUUGGACCUCCAUAUGGCGUGUCCAAAAUGCCAAAUUGUUCAACUGCCUCCAUGUAAGGCAAUGGAAAUACCAAACCUUCUGACUUUGCCAAAAAACAUACAACCAACCUAACCUGGUCAUGCCUUGGAUGACAGAGUUCUUUCUGGUUGUUUUUAAACAAUAAAGCAAUAAGAACAAAUUAAAAAAAAAACAUAGAAAGUUAAAAGAUAUAAAGCACAAAGGAAUGCACUUAUUAAUAUUUUUGAAAAAUGCACUGGGGAGAAGUUGAUAUUGAUAAGAGUAUAAAAUAAACCCUAUUUCUUGAUUUUAAAAACAUGACAAAUGACUGUCUCUUGCGGACGCUUGGUACUGUAAUGUUAAUAAUAGCCACCUGCUGUUGGAUGCAGCAAUAAUUUCUGUAUGGUCCAUAGCACUGUAUUUUAUGGAUCAAUAUUCAUGUAUCCAAUGAAACAACUGAACUGUUGUUCUUGAUAGCCUCAUUAAAGCAUUUGGUUUUUCACAUA